AUGGCGGGUUAUGCAUCGUAUAUCGGGAAUCGUGUGUUUACUAACUUCCCACACACCGACGAUUCGAUACCUACCCCGUUUACACAAUCGCCCAUCGACCUUUCACCAACCUCCAUCGACCUUUCACAAAACGAAACCGUCCCCGAAACUCAACCACCCAACGAUGGUCCUUCCGCACCCCAACCCAUAAAAAAGAGAAGCCAUAAGAAAAAAACCGAGGCGGAUAAAGCACUUGAAACCAUCAAGCGAAAACAACUAAAAUGGACCGUUCCUGAAGAACUUGCAUUGGCGAGGGGUUGGUUUCAACAAUCUCAACAUUCAACUUUAGGAAAUUCUCAACAUCGAACCCAUUUGUGGCAAGGGGUUAGUAAAAUAUUCCAUGAAGAAUUGGGAAAAGAGGUUUAUCGUGAAAACGAUAGCUUAUCCUCGAAGUGGACCGAGAUAAGCACCCAACUUACAAAAUAUAGUGGUUUUUUAAAUAAAGCAAAACAAAACCCAAAAAGUGGUGAAACCGAAGCCGACAUUGUGACGAAUGCAUUGCUUCAAUUCAAGACAAAUGUGGGGACCGACUUCCGUUUCAUGCAUUGUUGGGAGAUUUGUAAGUUUCAUCCAAAGUGGGCGAAUAUCCCCAGUGGUAGCGAAAGCAACACGUCUUCCAAAAGGUCGAGGGCCUCGUCCCAAUCUGAUGCACGAGAUCAAGAGAUUGAGGACCUUUUAGAUGAUUAGCCAAGCCCAAACCGGCCUGAGUAUGGAA